GAAUACAUUAUCAUAUGUUAAUGUGAAAACAUAUCACGUGAUUUGGUGCUGUUUUACGUCGGCUUCGCUUCGUCUUUCGUGUCGGAAAAGUGGGAAAACCUCCUAAUUUUUCUUUUAAUUUUCCAUGUGUUUCGUCUCUUGAGGCCGUAAGCGGCGGAAAAUAACUUUAUUAAGUAUACUGACGUGAUUUAAAGCAUUCAGACGGGUUCAAUGGCUUCGGAGACGCGAACUUCAAUCAUGGCACAUUCGCGAGUGGAUGGGAAGAAAGGAGAGGAGAUGCAUACUGACAACAACCAACACGUGUCUAAGAUAGAAAGCGAUAGUGACGGGGAAUACCACGAGCCCGGGAUGAGAGUUGGUGAAGAGUACCAAGCUUCCAUACCAGAGCUCGUUACCGAGAACAAGGAGGAAGCUAAACACGAUUCGGCUCUCCGCCAUAAUGCACUUCUUGUUUGGGCCCCAGUUGAAGAUAUUCCAAAUUCAAAAUUGGAUGAUUAUGUAACAGUAGCUAAAGACAAGCAUGGGUACAAUGUUGAACAGGCUCUUGGAAUGCUGUUUUGGCACAAGCAUAAUUUAGAUAAAUCUCUGACUGAUUUGGCUAACUUUACACCAUUCCCAGAUGAGUGGAGCAUGGAAGAUAAAAUCCUGUUUGAACAAGCUUAUAGUUCCCAUGGUAAAAGCUUUAAGAGGAUUCAACAAAUUUUGCCUGACAAAUCAGUGGCCACACUGGUGAAAUAUUACUACUCCUGGAAAAAAACUAGAAGCCGAACCAGUUUGAUUGAUCGGCAAGCCAAGAAGAUGGCUGUUCAAAAGGAACCCAUCAAUGACCCUGAGAGUGAUAACAGCGACUCUAGUGACAGUGACUUUGAGCCAGAAAAAGAGACAAGGCAAGCAAAUGGUCAGAGCAAACCAAAGAUCAUGAACAAGCAGCCUAUUGGAGCACCAACAGCAACAAACAUUUCUGGUUCUUGUACAAAUUGCCGUACACAAACUACUCAACUUCAUGCUACUCAGAAGGGGAACAUGUGCAGCGCAUGUUAUCAGUUCUUAAGUAAAAAAGUACAACACAAUUUGGCAGAACCAACUCUCAGUCUGGCCUCAUUUUACAGGAGAACAGGGACUCUGAGACCAAGGCACGAAGGGAGAGAGACAAGAACUGGCCACCGAGGAAACAAAGUAAAGAGAAAAGCUCCUAAGGGAAUGGUUUUGUCACAAGAGUACCUUGUGUCUGUGUCUGGUACCCAUGGUGACACCCAUGUGCGACCAUUAGAGGUGGAAAUUGUAAACCUCAAGAGACAGAUCCAGGCAAACAAGCAGUCUAUAAGUCAACACAAGUACCAGCUGGAUAGUGGUGUAGAAACCAUGAGACCCGGCGAUUUUUGUACUUUCUGUACAGCCGUCAGACGCUAUGGGAAAGACUUCCAAGCCAUGGCUGAAGUCUUGGGCAAUAAGAGUGUCAGCCAGUGCCGAAAUUUUUUCGUCAACUACCGAAGACGGUUUAACCUUCAACAGGUUCUGGAAGAGUAUGAAGCGGAACAAGGGAUUACAAGCAGCGAUAGAAAAGACGACGACUUGCAGGUGCUGCAUAUGUCGGGAUCUCCAGGAAGCAGCGGAAAUUCAUCACCCAGUCAACCGGACAGGUCAUCCCCAUCCAUUCCCAACCAGGGACUCUCCAGUCAGCCGCCGCCUCUUCUAAAGCCGUCAGGAUCACAAGCUCAGCGUCAUCCUCCCCCAUUACAACCACAGGUUGCAGUCCCACGAACUAGUCAGGGUGGCCUGCAAGGCCCACCUCCACUGAUAAAACCAAUGGUCCCACCCAUACGUCCGCAGCCACUUCAUCCCCAAGCAAACCCGAUGAUGCGGCAGUCCCCGCCAGCUCAUCCUCAUUUAAUUCAACAAAUGAUGGAUCAAAAACCCCUCGGUGGUCCUGUUGGUAGAUCUGAAUCGCCGCAUAGUGCCUCUGGUACCCCUCCCUUGCGGCAGACACGCUCUGGCAUGUGAUACUUAAGUUUGAAUGUAGGGAAUUUGAAUCCGUACUAGUUAGGUGAAAGUAUAUAUUUUUCUGCUGAAAAACAGUUGGGUUUUUAAGUUCAAUUCCUGUUUUAUGUAACUGAUUGAAUUGCAGUGUAGGAGUGUUGAAGUUUGUUGUAAUGAUAUGCAAUCGAGUGUUUACAUGUAGAUGGAAACCGUUCACAGCGCUCUUCGAUUGAGUGUUAGAAAACCAAAACCAAAUCGAUCAAAAUAGUCAGUCAUGGCAAGGGAAAGACACCAGGAGCCAAUGAGAACUCGAAGAAUCAUAAGCAAACUGAAGCCUGAAGCGCAGGAAAAACGCGGUGGCCAAGCAGCGUUUGGUUUUUGUUUAAAUCUGAUUGGUCGAAAAAGUGGCGCGAGUCUUGGUGGACCAAUCGGACAGAGAAGCAACGCAAAACCAAACCAGUUCUGGAUUACUUUCAACACUCAAUUGAAAAUUGCUCUAUCAGUUCCAAAGGCCAUACUUCCAAAAGCCCUCCCGAAGAACGCCUUUUGAUUGAAACAGCUGAAACGGCGAUAAGAACGAAGAAAAUAUCCCAAGGAACUAAUCUCAUCUUGAAGUAAAAGCAGUCCAAUUACUCGGAGCUCGGGAAAUCGCGAAAAUUCCUCGAUAUGUCAAGACUAAACUGGGCUCAGAGUGAAUUGAAAUUCCAGUUUUCUCCCUGUUCUCACAAUCUUAUCCAUGUGACCCACCUCUUGCUUGCGUUUGAUUAAAUUUCGUGAGCCGAUGGGAUUUCUCUGUGUCCUAAAAACACUUCAAUAGUUCUCUUUGGGUUUCGUGUUGUCUCCGUUGGAGAACUGAGGACAAACCCGUGAUACUUGUUUUGUAAAUUGUGAUAAAGUUUUGUGCUUUUUUGACUAUUGGAGUAGCUUUAAAGAACAGGAUUCUUCUCUUUCGCUUUCCACAGUGAGGCGACUUAUCAACAGACUGUUGAGUUAAAACACCUUGUACAGCUUGAAAUAAAUAGUACCUUGUAUAAUU